AUCUGCGGCACUCUAGAACUUGUCCUGAAGACAGGUGAGGAAUUGAUGAAAUAUAGGGCCGAUCGACGAUCCAGGAUAAAACGGCUAGAGAAUGCGUGUCAUUCGGAGCGAUUGCGGAGUUGUCGUGCGAUCACCAUCAACCAUCAACUGCAACAACAAUGUCUCAGAUGGAAAUUGAACAAUCUCAAGUUACUCAAGCUGGCCAAAGAUUUUCGUGGUGAACUCGAUGUAGCACAUGAACUCCUAGAAACUGCUGACGCUACUAUCGAAGCUCAAGCACAUCCGAGUUUCCGCAAAACCAUGUCGGCUGGCUCUAGAACGUGCCAGUUAUUCAGAAAUUUAAGCGAUAUCAUGGAUAACUGCGGUGAUAUGAAUACAACAACAUGCACAUCAGCUGUGCUUGAUGCAAAUGAUAUCUCUCAAGAUUUUAGUACGAUGCAUUUCUGA